AUGGAAGCGUACGUGGACGACAUGUUGGUCAAAAGCUUGGUAGCAGGACAACAUUACAAAGACUUGAGAGAAACAUUCAAACUCCAUCGCCGGUACCACAUGAAAUUGAACCCAUCGAAGUGUGUGUUUGGUGUUUCUGCAGAAAAGUUCCUAGGCUUUAUGGUGACUCGUAGAGGUAUAGAAGCAAACCCAGAGAAAAUAAGAGCGCUGCUGGAGAUGGAGGCCCCACGGAUAAAAAAGGAGAUCCAAGUUUUGAUAGGGAGGAUAGCCUCUCUCAAUAGGUUUGUCUCCUGCUCAGGGGACAAAGGCUUACCUUUCUUCAAAGCAGCAAAGAAUGGGGAAGACCUUUACCUAUAUAUAGCAUCCACAGAAAAUGCCGUCAGCUCUGUCCUGGUUCGGGAAGAAGGUAGGAAGCUUCAACCCAUUUAUUACACUAGCAAGGUGCUCAGUGGAGCCGAAAAGAACUACGGCAAGGCGGAAAAAGUCGUUUUCUCCAUCGUCUGCGCAGCGCGAAAAUUAAGGCCCUACUUUCAAGCUUAUAAGGUAAUUGUGUUAACAAACCUACCGAUGAGACAAAUUCUACAGCGGCCGGAGAUUUCGGGAAGGAUGACAAAAUGGUUCUCCAACUCAUCUACUAAGCCAGACGUAUGGACACUACAUGUUGAUGGGUCAUCUAACGCUGUUGGAGGGGGAGCUGGAUUCAUCCUUUCGGCCCCAGACGAUAGUGAAACUCUUUUCGCAUUGAAGCUGGAGUUCACAACAACCAACAAUAAUGCGGAGUACGACGCUUUGUUGGCAGGCCUACGCUUGGCAGAAGCAUUAGGGGUGGCACAGAUCAAGGCCCAAGAAUACAAGAAAGCAUUCAUUCGGUUCAAUAUAGAACAUGUACCAAGGGCAGAAAACAAAAAGGCCGACGCACUCGCGAAAUUGGCCUUAGCAACCGGUACGGAAUGGAAAGACGCUAUUUAUCUAGAGCGAAUAGGGAAACCCUCAUACGAGGAAGACAAAGUUAACUCAGUAGAGUCCGAAAUCAACAAGAACGAUUGGAGGGCGCCUUUAUUCCUAUUUCUCCAAGACGGAUCCGUACUAGAAGACAACAAGGAAGCUCGGAGAGUGAGAAGGAAAGCAGCAAGAUAUACGCUGAUAGGCUGGGAGCUGUACAGACGAUCUCUAACACUGCCCUACCUUCGUUGUCUAAAUAAUGAAGAAAGGACAUAUGUACUAAGGGAAAUCCACGAAGGAGUAUGCGGAAACCACCUUGCCAGAAGGGCCCUAGCCCACAAGACCAUGCGGCAGGGGUUUUACUGGCCUACAAUGAAGAAAGACGCGGUUGAGCUCGUCAAGAGAUGCGACAGAUGUCAACGAUGUGCAGUUGUGAUAGUUACAGACCACGGGAAGCAGUUCGACAACGAGCGCUUCAAAAAGUUCUGUUCGGACCUAUGUAUUAAGCUACUCUUUGCGUCAGUGGCGCACCCCCGGAGCAAUGAACAGGUAGAGAACAUGAAUCGAAUCAUACUGCACGGACUGAGGACGCAACUCGAGUCCAUGCAAGGUAGAUGGGCAGAGGAACUCCCUUCCCUCAUAUGGGCGUACCACACCACCAAGAGAGCAGUAACAGGGGAAACCCCUUUCAUGCUUAUCUUUGGCGCAGAGGCGGUCAUCCCAGCAAAGGUAGGGAUACCCUCUUGGCGAAGGCAGUACUUCAACGAGCAGACCAACAAUGAAGAACUCAAAUCAGAAAUAGACCUACUGGAAGAGAGACAGGAUCAGUUCCUACAGGCUAAUUGGCUUUACUCCCCUCUCCAACUUCCUCCUCCUCCCCUUCCUCAUCCUCGUCUAUAUCUUCCACGGAUUCAGGACUCUCAUUGCCAUAACACUGAGAGCUCACACCUUCCAGCAGAAGCUCAGGAUGUUUGGUCUUGA